AUGGAAAAACUAAGUCUUUUCUUUUAUUUUAUUUUAGCUUUCACAGUAGCAAAAAAUGUCUUAUCACAAGAUGAAGGACAUAGUUCUGGACAAUUAAAUAUUAAGGGAGAAGCCACAAAUAUAAAAAAAAGAGGUAUAUCAAAAAAAAAAAACGCAGAAACAGAACUUAAGCAGAAAAGAAAAAGAGAAGAUUCCAAUUUGGAUAAAACCCAAGAUGAUGUAGAUAUAACAACAAUAAGUGAACAAGAUAAAGUAGGUGAUCUUAGUAUAUUUAUUGAUAAAUUUAGUUUAUUAUUUACUGAAGAAUAUUUUAAUUCUGUAUAUGAAGUGGGUGAUAUUAUGAAAUUAAUAUCAAAUGAAUUACAAAAAUUAAAUAAUGAAAACGUUAGUUCUCUUAUCAGAGUAUUAAAUUUACUUCAAUCACACUUAGAAAAAGCUCUAUCAGGUAUAAAAUUAGCAGUUAUAAUAGAAAUGCAUAAAUUUUACAAUUCAUUCCAUGAAAACCUUCCUAAAAAUAGAGAAACAAUUAUUAAAAAGUUAUUAUCGCAUAAACUAAAUUUUGAUUUCACUGAUGUUGAAUUAAGUCACAAUACAAGCAUUAUAUUAAAUAUUUUUAAAAAAGGAUUAAAAAAUUCUUAUAUGACUACUUUUAAUAUAUUUGAGUCUAUUAUUAAAUAUAAAAACAGUAUAGAAGAAUUACCAAUAACAAAGUUAGGUUCAAUUUUUGGAAAUUCUAAUUAUAGUUCUAAAAAGAGAUAUACGAAACAUAUUCUUUCAAAAGUAGAAAAUAUAAUAAAAAAUGUUGAAAAUUCAGUUAAUUCAGGAGAGAUAGCAGAUUAUUCUGAAGAUUUAGAAGAUGUAAAUAUAUAUAUAGAAAAAUUGUUAAGUCUAUUAGGUGAGGAAAUUGCAACACGUAAAGAAAAAUGUAUAAAUGAAUUAUUAAAAGAAGAAACAAAUGAAGAUAUAAGAAAUUUAUUUGUAAAGGUAUUUUUAUAUAUUCAAAAAAAAAAAAUUCACAAUGCUAAAGCAUACCACGAUGUUAAGGAACGUUAUGGUUUAACAAGAUUGAGUAUGAGCACUCUAGGCCCCAUUUUAAAUGGAUAUACUUUUAUAAAUGUAUUAAAAGGAAAAUAUAUCUCUUCAGUUUCACAAAACUUAGGUAGAGAAGGCUUUGCUCUAUUCCAAAAUGAACCAACUGAAGAAGAAAAAAAAUCCUAUAAUUUAGUAAGAGCAUACAAAAGCUUUGCUUCUAUGUUGAAUGCAAUUUUAUUAAAAAAUAAACUAGAAUCAAUUAAAAAAGUUUUAUCUUCAAUAGAAAAUUUUAAUUCAAAAAUAAUAAAAUUUUCUAAUUUAAAUGAUGACGAUCAAAAUAAAGGAAGUAAUAUUUCACCCGCUCUAGCUCAAAUAUAUUUGAAAAAUUUGAAGUCUGAAUUCAUGGAAGUGCAGGGAUUAUUUUCUAGAGAUUUUACAUUUCUUAAUUUAAAGGUUGAAAUACAAAAGAAGGUUGAUUUAAUAUCAAACUUAAGAAGAUCAUAUGAGGAAAUUGAAAUGGUUUUGGAUUCCGCUUUAGAAGUGUCUAAUCUACAUCUUUAUAAUUCAGAUGAUUUAGAAGAACAAGGAAAUUUAUUUAAAAAAGAAAAUGUUAUUCUUUCGUUAUUUACUCUUUCUCAAAAAAUUGUGGAUGCCUUAAAGUAA